AUGGAUGAUUUUGAACCAUCAGACACCAGCGCAUACCCGACGUUCGAAGACUUUUUCGUCCGGGCUCAUAAGUCAGGCUCGAGGCCUAUAUUCGCGGAAGACGACCUCUCCAGCGCAGUUGUCGUGGCUGACUCGCGGGUCGUGGUUUACGAGUCGGUGCAGCAAAGCAAGAAAAUAUGGAUCAAAGGCUUGGACUUUUCCAUUACUAACCUAGUAAUGGAUAAUCGUCUUGGCGCACAAUUUGGGAAUGGAGCAGUUGCCAGUUUUCGCUUGUCGCCACAAGAUUACCACCGAUAUCACAGUCCGGUUACCGGAAAAAUUAAACUGUUUAGAAGCAUGCCUGGGGACUAUUAUGAAGUUGAUCCCCUGGCGAUCCAAAGUGAUAUUGAUAUCCUCGAUCGAAACGCUCGCGAUUAUGUCGUCAUCGAGAGUGAACAUCUGGGGGACGUUCUUUUUGUGGCAAUCGGUGCCACAGAUGUGGGAUCUGUAAAGAUACACGACCGAUGGCAGACUGCUGGGAACCAGAUUCAAAAGGGCGAAGAAUUGGGUGUUUUCCAAUUCGGUGGUUCAUCCAUUAUUGUAGCCUUCGAAAGUGGUCGUAUAUCAUUUGACGAAGACCUGCUGAACCUUAGCAAGGAAGCCAUUGCUGUUGAUGUUGAGGUGGGCAUGAGCCUUGGACGUGCUCUACCUGGGCACUCGUGA